UCUCUUAUUAAAAUGUGAUUUUGGACCUAACUUUAACCACACCGCUAACCUUAUGCGUAACCCUACCCCUAAUCUUAAAUUAAGACCAAAAAGCAUUUUUUUAAUUUAAUGAAUUCUUGCGAUAUAGACAAUUCUGACUUUGUGGCUGUGUUACCUAGUGGAAACCCCAGUCUAGCUAGUAGCUGUUAGCUAGCUUUUUACAGUAGCUAGCUACCUGUCGCUGUUACCUCCGUGUACAGUUAUAGUAGAUAUAAAAUGUUUGUAACUAGUUGAUUUGUUGAUGCACAACAAAAAACAACGUUUGGGGAAUUGGUAAGAAUAUUUGCUGAAAGGUCAGAAAGCUGCUACUACCCUGUGCGAUUGUAUGUAGCUAAAGUUAGCUUAGCUCGCAAGCAGGCUAGAGAAACUAAUUUGAUACGUCUAACCACAGUCAAAAAGUGGUGUAGAUAAGGGUUAGGGUUUAUUCAUUUGUUCGUUACAAGCAUGUUGCUGGGCUAAAUCAUUGGUAGGUGCGCUGGCAAUAUAUUUGAGGCACAACCAAGACCACAUUUGGUGUAUUUGACUGCUUGCCCCUGUUUCCAGGAGGAAAAUCCCUGACUCUCUGGGCACUGGUGUGAUCUGGAGGAGGCUAAAUCCCAGUCUUUCCAUUAUAGUAAACCAAACUGGGAAACAAGGGGGGCAGCUCAUCCAUAGAAGACUGGCAGUGAACUCUGGGACUGGUACUAAUAAGGGAAGGGGGGGGUGAUUCUCCAGUGUUGAGUUGAUGUUGUUGCAGCUAUGUCAGAAGCCAUCCUCACCUUCCAGUACCAGCUCAAUGGAGUCAUGGAAACGGUCCUCAAAACCGCCGUGCAUGAGAUCACUCGGCUGGUGAAGGACAGCUUCCUGGAGGAAGUGACACGGAGCAAGCAGGAAGUGAACGUCUUGAAGGAGAGGCUGCAGCAGUGUGAGCAGAGGUGGAGGGACGGAGAGGAGGAGAGGAAGAGGAGGGAAGUUGAAGAGAAAGAGCAGAGAAAGAAGAGGGAAGAGAGAGAGCAGAGGGGGAUGUGUAGGAGAUGUGGUUGUGCUGGAGACACUGAGGAGAGAGAAGAGGCUCUGUCAGGAGCAGAGGAAGGUUGUGUUAUCAAACAGGAGAUCUUCCAGCCAGGUGGACCCAGCGAUCUCCCAGAAAGAGAGGGUCCACAGGAAACGGCCACACCCAGCUCUUCCUGUGUCUCUGAAAGGAUGGAAGAGAGGAAAGCCCAUGUGGUCCAUAUCAAAGAGGAGCCCGAUGACGGGCGGGACUUGGUUACCCAGAUGAUCACAUCCACAGAUUCCCCCAUAAUGAGCCGGAGUCAUCUGCAGAGAUUGAGCUCACAUCCUGUGGGAUGGACCAGUGAGCCUCUUGCUCCAGCACCACAACCAUGGACCAUGGAGCCUCUUCCUCCAGCACCAUUGGCCAGGGAGCCUCCAGCUCUACCUCCAGCACCAUGGUACAGGAAGGAGCAGCACCUACUCCCAAGCUCAGUGAUACGCACCCAGGGGACAGAGUAUACUGUGGGGGCCCUCGAGACCAGCCCCUACAGCCUGAGCAUCAACACAACGGCACAGCUGAGGGUCAAACCUUACAGCUGCCCACACUGUGGGAAGAGCUUCCCUCAGCUCCGAAAUCUCAAACACCACCAGAAGUACCACCACACAGGGAAGAAGGCCUUCACCUGCUCCCAGUGCGAUAAGGGUUUUGUGUACAUGUCCCACUUCAGGGUACACAUGCAGCGCCACACGGGGGACAGGCCGUUCAGCUGCUCUCAGUGCGGGAAAAGCUUCAGCCUUCAGAGUGGCUUGAAGAAACACAGGGUCAUUCACACUGCAGAGAUGCCUUACCACUGCACGGGAUGUGGGAACAGAUUCAAUUCUAGAGCGGACCUGAAAAGACAUGAACAGAUUCAUGCAGCAAGGUAGACCUUUGAGAAGAAGCAGGUUGAUUUAGAAAAUCAGAGGGGGGAAAUAACUGCCCACGUGUACUAUGUUCAAUGGAUCUAUAGUUGUUGAUGCAUUUCAUGUUGAGAGGAAUAAAACUAUUCAUGAAUAAA